CGCUUUCUGAGCUAUAAACACCUUCUUCUCUUCUUUGUAUGACCAAAAACGCCACCCAAACGCUUCAUUACAGCUUUUCACUUUGCUAUAAAUAUAAAUCCUAUUCGGUCUCACCUUGGCACCAUUGUUACAGUCUCCAGAAUUCUCUAUAAACUUUUUUCCCAACACAGCAAAACGUAAAACAUGUGUGGAGGUGCUAUUCUCUUCGACCUCCUUCCUCGCAACUCCAGCGGCGGCCAGCGCCGCGUCUCCCCGUCGGAUAUCUCUCCUAGCUCCGCCCGUUUCUGGCCCGAUUUUCCCGCCCCCGUUUCUGGCGCCCCUGGUGGUGAGCGUGCAGAGAGGGGGAAGAAGAGGCAGAGGAAGAAUCUGUACCGGGGGAUAAGGCAGCGGCCGUGGGGCAAGUGGGCGGCGGAGAUUCGAGAUCCGCGAAAAGGCGUUAGGGUUUGGCUGGGAACUUUCAACACGGCGGAGGAAGCCGCGAGGGCGUACGACAGGGAGGCUCGGAAAAUCAGAGGAGAGAAGGCCAAGGUCAACUUCCCCAACGAGGAUGAUUUCCAUCGUCACGAAUACUUCCCUUCCCGGCGGCCGAAAUUCGAGAUGUCCGGCGGUGAUCUUCCUUUCAAUCACUCGAUGAGCAGAUCCGCCGCCGCCGAUCCUGCAGCUGAGAGCGGAGAUGCGUCUCGACCUGCUUCAGCGUCAGAGAAUAGCAAUGGAGGAUCUCAUACGAAUCAGCAGAUUGGGGAGGAAGGGAUGAAUGCGUCGAUCCAAGAGAGCCAGGUGCAGAAGCUGUCGGAGGAGCUAAUGGCGUACGAAUCGUUCAUGAAGUUCUUUGAAAUACCUUAUCUCGACGGCCACAUGCCGGCUGUGCCUGUUGUUCCGGCGUCGGAAACGGCGGUUGGCGGCGGUUCCUUGGAGCUUUGGAGCUUCGAUGAUGCCUGUUGCGCCUAAAACCAGCUAUUUAUCUGUAUGUAUAUAUGCCCGUAAUUGUUAACGACGGUUGAAUCAUUUUUUUAAUGUCAAAUCCUAAAAGCUAUUGAGAAUUGCGUUUGAGAUUUUAAAUUCAGGUCAAUAUAUACUGGUAUAUUCG